GCCCCCCGCUCCCAUCCAUUCCCCAAUUCAGCAGCAGCAGCAGCACGAGCGCGAGCGCCUUUGCGAAUUCCGACAGCGAGAGCGGGAAGGGAAAACUCGAAACCCGGCGGGCGGCAUGGCGACCGGCGAGGAGCACGUGGCGGCGGCGGUUGAGCAGACGCCGGAGAAGAAGGAGGCCAGCGUGACCGAGCUCCCCGCGCCCUCCGGCUGGACGAAGAAGCUUGCCCCAAUUAGAGGGGGAAAGUUUGAGGUUAUUUUUGUGUCCCCAACUGGCGAGGAGAUCAAGAGCAAGAGACAGCUGACCCAGUACCUGAAAGCUCAUCCUGGAGGCCCUGCAUCUUCCGAGUUUGAUUGGGGAACCAGUGAUACUCCCAGACGGUCAGCACGCUUAAGUGAGAAGUUCAAGGCAACAGAGAGCCCAGAAGGUGAGAAGACCCCUAAACGUGGAAGAUCAAGCUCUAAGAGGGGCAGAAAGGAGAAAAAAGAAGAUGCAGAUGCAGUCGAUGCCAAUGAAACUGUAGACCGUGGCACUUUGGAAGGCACUGAUGUGGAGAUGAAGGAUGCUGAAGAAGAGAAGAAAGAGGAUGCCCCCAGUGCAGAUGUUGCAGAGAAGACCGAAGGAGGUGAAGAGAAGAAAGAUGAGGCCCCUGGUGCAGAUGCUGCAGAGAAGACUGAACAAGGCGCCGAAGGCCAAGAGCAGACUAAUAAUGUCGCUGCCCCAGAAUCAGAAAAUAAAUCAGAUGUGAAACCAGCUGAAUCUGAAGUAGCUCCACUAGCACCUGUAGUAGAGGAAGAGAAGAAAGAGGAGAAAACUGAGAACAGCCUGGUAGCUGAACCCGCAGUGCCCCCAGCAGCUGAACCCGUGGUGCUCCUGGCAGCAUCUUCAGAGGGAGAGAAGAAAGAGGAUGGUGGCGUGACCGAACCUGCUGCGCUGCCUGUGGCCGAAACGAAGGCAGAUGCUCCUCCAGCAGAGGCAGCAAAGGAGGCUGAGAAUCUGGGGCAGGCGAACGCCGCCCCCCAAGAACCAUCGGCAGCGAACUGCGACAACAAGGGUCAGAUCCAACCGGGCGCCUCCGCUGUGAGGUGCACAUAAAGGUUGCUCGGUCUCGGUUGGGAUGGGAUGCGUCACCGUGUGUUUAGGACAUUAUCUCCCAUUUGCUUUGAGAAUUGUAAUCGUACUUAACCUGACACCGCUGGCGCAGCACUAGGCUGCCCAGUAUGUAGUUAUCCUUCCCUUUUGAUGGCGGCGGCGCCGCUGCGGGGGGCAGUAGGCCGGCCUAUGCCGCCUCGGUCGCCCGCGGCCGCCGUAAGCUUUGUACUACCGGUGUAGUAACUCGUUAGCGUGCUGGAACAUUGAUUCCUGGAGAGGGCUGGCGGACGAUAGAGGCCUCCGCCCCUGUUGUAACGUGACGUAAUGUGUGCUGUUAUGCCUUGUGUUUAUGAACUUAUUAUUAUGAUCCUAUAAAUAAAGCCGUAAGCGUGGGUCAUUGCCUGACCACCUUCUGGCACCGCAUCCUUC